AUGGAUUUCGAGUUUACCAGUCGGCCGAGCAGCAAUGUGAGGCCUGUAUGGGCAACGGGGGGUGAUGAUCCAAGUACUCCACGAAAAAGAUCUUUGCAAGAUACAAAUUCACCAACACCAUCAUUUCCCGCUCCUUCUCAUACGCCAGCAUUUGCCGCCUUCGGCCAGAAUUCUAAUAUACCAUUUCUCUUCCAAGAGCCGCCUCCUCAUUCAGCGUAUAAGCCGGCAUGGGUACCUCCGACAGAUUUCUCUCCUCAGAAGGCCUUCCCUCAGCCAGAGUUGAAGGAUGUUGACAUGUCGGAGUUAAGUCCACUCCAACCGACGGCACCAUUAGCAGAGAAGGAUAGCGAGGGGGAACGGGCAGUUGCGCUCGGUGCGGUACGUCGAGUGUACAGGUCACGGCAGAGGGCGAGAGAACGGAGCAUGCUGAGGAAAGGGAGGAGCAGAGAAGUUCACGAAGACGAGAGCGAGAGCGGGGAUGAAAGCGACGAUGAAGAUAGGCGCAUUCCCCCCGCGCAGAACAUGUCAAAUCAUUACACCCUCAACAUGUCAGGAUCAGCAGCUUCGCGAUCAGACUUGCCAUAUGUCUUGCUUGGAUAUCUGCAGUUCUUCUUCAACUUGUCGCUCAUUCUCGUCUUUCUCUACCUCCUGGUCCAAUUUAUUCUCACUGUCCAGCGUGAUGUUGAGCAACGAAUCUCUGAAUAUUCCAUGGAUGUUGUCCAAGAAAUUGGGCAAUGUGCGAUGCAUUACAAGGCAAACCUUUGCGCAUCCAAUUCGAUCCCUGCGAUGGCGCACCAGUGUGCAACUUGGGAGACGUGCAUGAACCGUGAUCCAUCCAAGGUGGGUCGCGCGAAGGUCGGUGCAGAGCUCAUCGCGGAAGUCGUCAAUUCGUUUGUGGAGCCUAUCAGCUGGAAGACUCUGAUUUUUGCACUGACUUCGCUGUCAUUCCUUACCGUCUUCAUCAACAUGCUCCUCUCGCUCUAUCGCUCACGCCACCAUUUUGGCUCCACAACUUCGAACGCGCCCCAAGCACCUAUCAUUCCGUCAUUUCCCAUACCCCCGGCCACGCCAUAUUCGCAUCCCCACAACUAUCUGACACCGGCUCCCGAGUGGAACAAAUCUUGGUCUGGCAGCGAGACCGCUCAGACGCCGAGCCGAAGGCGCCGACUUGAAAGUGGACUGGCAGCAAAGGUGCAGUAG